UCUUCUUUGUUCUCCUUUGUUUACUUUAAAUGUUGUCCAUUUACCGCUGUGUGAAUUUCAAUACGAAACUAUCUCUUUAUUUUUGUGGAAAUCUGAAGCGAAACAAAAUGGAAAAUCCUCUAUUCGGAACGGCCCAUCUUCUGGAUGAAGUUGAUAAGAAACUAAUGGUUUUGCUGCGUGACGGUCGAACACUGAUUGGAUACCUGAGAAGCGUUGAUCAGUUUGCAAAUCUGGUUCUUCACCGGACAAUCGAGCGGAUACACGUCGGCAAUGAAUACGGCGACAUACAGCGCGGGGUUUUCAUCAUACGAGGCGAGAAUGUUGUGCUCCUGGGUGAAAUUGAUCGUGAGAAGGAAAACAAUCUUCCUCUGAAAGAAAUAUCCGUCGACGAUAUUCUGGAUGCCCAACGAAGAGAACAGGAAGCCAAGCAGGAAAAGCACCGACUGAUAUCAAAGGCUUUGAAAGAGCGAGGAUUGAAUAUGAACUCGGAGCUCACGCAGGAUGAAUUCUAACCGAUGGAAGAGGUUGUCUUAUUCCAUUAACUUAGGUUACGUUGUGAAAUAUUCUUGAGUUUAUGGCGUUUUUAUGUUUCUUUUAAAUCUACCUUCAAUAUAAUGGAACAGCAUGUAAACGA